AUGUCCAACAAAGGGAAAUCGGAAGAUGUGCGGCCAGCAUCUUCCACCGCGGGAGAGGUCGAUGUAUUGAAACCUGAAAUCCCCGAAGAGAAGCUCGCAAAGCGGUACAGCCCGCUCUCUGUCAUCGCUUUCGCCUUCACAACGACCAACUCCUGGGUUGCCUUCUCCUCUACUCUAGCCGCCCCCCUGAUCUGCGGCGGCAGCCCAACACUCAUCUACGGUCUUAUCGCCGGCGGCAUCAUCAUGUCAAUAAUUGGUAUCGGGUUUGCAGAGUUGGCCUCGGCUUUCCCCUCGGCCGGCGGCCAGUACCAUAUUGUCUACAUGGUGUUCCCUCCUAGCCUACGACGCGGCGCAGCAUUCUUCGCUGGUUGGCUAUCCAUCAUCUACAUUGCAGCAGCUCUCGCUUCCUGUAACAUAUUUGUCUCCAACUCUAUCAUGUAUCUGGUGUCGACUUGGGAGUCUAGCUACGAGAUACAAGCGUGGCACACUUACCUACUUCACAUCGCAUUGUGCGUCGUCGCCUUCCUCGCCACAUCUCGCUUCCCCGGGGCCAUCGGGCGUAUUGGCAUUGCUGUCUUUUGGCUAUCACUCAUAGGUUUCGUUGCCUCCAUGGUGGCAAUUCUUACUGUGAGCAAGACGAAGCAACCUUCCUCAUUCGUUUUCAAAGACUUUCAAAACGUUAGCGGGUGGAGCGAUGGCUGGUCUGUUGUUCUUGGCAUCACCGGCUGUUUAUGGGCCUACAGCGGUGUCGAUGCGGCCACUCAUGUGGCAGAAGAGGUUAAGAACCCCAGCCGAACAGUCCCAAUCGCCAUCUUCUUGAGUCUCGGGCUGGGUAUCAUUACAGUAGUUGCCUGGAAUAUCGCCAUUAUGUUUUCGAUUACGGAUCUCGACGCUCUCAUUUCGUCAGAAGUUGCUGUCCUCGAGGUGUACAGCCAGGCACUCAACAACAAGGCCGCGGUGACCAUUUUCGGGGUCUACUACAUUGUCAUGUUUUACACAAUUGUGCUCAAUCUUUUCAUCUUCGGCGGAAGAACCCUCUGGUCUCUUUCACGAGAUGGGGGCGUACCGUACUCCAAAUAUUUCGUCCAUCUCCAGUGGGCCAGUCCCGUGCGGGCGACCUUCGUCAUGCUCGUCUUGGAGAUUGUCCUUGGAGUUCUAUAUGUAGCCUCCACCACGGCCUACAACAGUUUCGUGAACCUCACACUGUUUGCCCUCAACAUUACAGUCGCCAUGCCCCAGGCUUGUCUUCUAUUCUGUGGGCGUGGAUGCCUCCCGGAGAGGGCCUUUUCACUGGGCAAGUUUGGAUAUGCUAUCAACGCCCUGGCAACUCUUUCUGUCAUCUUCUUCUCCAUCACCUUCUCCUUUCCGCCAGAGAUGCCUGUUACCGGAUCAUCGAUGAAUUACCUCAUCGUUGUCAUGGCUGUUGGGGUUGUGUUCAUUGCCGCGAUCUGGUGGGGGGGACUUCGUAAAACAUUCACAGGUCCUCUUGGCGGCCAAAUGCAUGGAUUUCACUGA